CACACGCAGAGCUCGAGAGACCACAUGUUCUUAUUCUAUUCUCAAGUACAUGUAUGAUGUUCUGGAUCGCACAUAUUUUAUUCUGGUGCUACACUUUCGCUUUAUCUUCAUGUAAUAUUAAAGUACAUCGCCCCAAAUUUGCCACGUUACUACCAUCCCGGCGAGGAGUCAAGUCAGCGCCGAUGGCUGAGCCGGAAGUGGCAGCAGCAGCAGAGGAGGCAGAUCGUUUUUACAGUGCUAACAAACCAACCGAGAUGUAUGUCCAUUUGAUACGCUUCAAAGAUACCACUCACGAUGAGCUUCUUUGGCGUCUAGCCAGGGCCUGUUGGUCAGUGGGUCAACUGGACAGAACAAGCAAGGACGAGAAGAAGAAACUGACCUUUGAUUUACAUGACUUUGCCAAGAGGGCACUGAAGGCAAAUGAUCAGAACUUUGCUAGCCACAAGUGGUAUGCUAUUUCCUUGAGUGAAAUAGGGGACUAUUUAGGAACAAAGAUGAAAAUUGAAAAUGCCUUUACCAUCAAGGAUCAUUUUGUGCGAGCCACGGAAUUGAACCCUCAGGAUGCUACAUCUAUACAUUUGCUUGGUCGUUGGUAUUUCACAUUUGCUGAUAUGGGAUGGGUUCAGAGAAAAAUAGCUACCACAGUCUUUGCAACACCCCCCAGUGGAACUUAUGACGAGGCUAUUGAAAAAUUCCUCCAUGCAGAGAAAAUGAAACCAAACUUCUAUAGCAAGAACCUGUUGUGGCUAGGAAAGACGUAUCUCAAGAAGGGUGAUAAAACUUCAGCUCGUACUUAUUUUGAAAAAGCUUUAAACUACUCUAAGGAGACAGAUGAAGAUAAAGAGGUAGUCGAGCAGGCAAGGCUACAUCUAAAGUCACUAUAGCACAACUAAUCAUGACAUCUAAGUACAUAACUGGACCAACAUGCCGCUGUACUACAAGAGCUAUUUUAAGUAUAAUAUCUACAUCUCUGUAAAUUAGUAGGCCUACAGUCGGACAAAGGAGCACACGCCUGGUAUUCAAGGAGAUUUAAAAUACAUAUUAAAUGCUGGCACACAUGUUAUCUUCCUACAGACACUUGAAUUAUACAAUGCUCAUGCAGAUGCCAUGAAUAAUGCUGAUUUUUUUAAAAACUGGAUUAGUGCCAGUCUUUGCUGUUCGGCUUCUAAUUAAAUGACCCGGUAGUUGUGUUUCUGCCUUCAGCAGGCGGAGGUCAAUUGCAUAUAUAGCUUGCUGUUCUGUAUAUAGAGAGAAUCUGGAUAUCUCGUUGGACCUCCCCUUCCUGAUUGGCCCACACAUGCCACUGUGGUUUGAAUUGCCACUGCCCAACCUGUGAUCAGAGCCAUACAUGUAUGUCUGCACUUUUUUCAUCUAGCUAGUGGUAUUUUAGCAGUGCUAGCAAGUUAAUACACUGUCCAAUUUUUGUAAUGAAGAUGGCAACAAGUAUUGUAUUAGUACCUUGAAUGCCUGGGCAUGUGCCCCUUUAUCAUGUUAUCUUUUUUUCUUCAAAGGCAAAUGAAAAUUUAAUUUAUUUCAUUUUAAUACAUAAUCAUCUAAUUCAAUUAUUCCUCUUUAUUUUGAUACCUGAUAUGAGACAAACACUUCACGCAUUAAUGAGCAAGACCGGUAUGAAAUUUUAAUGUAAAAAACAAGAUUGGUUUGUGAUACGACCGUGCUUAUUCGACGAUUAUUAGCAUUUCUUUUGUAUUCUUUGUUUAGAUUCUUUCACUGAUCCCUAAAAUGAGUGUGGAUUCAGAUUCACACAUGAGUUUCUUGGCAAUUCAUUUCUGAUAUUCCUCAAUAUUUAUUGUUUGUAAUCUGCCAUGCGUGGACUAUUUGCUAAGCUGUUGGUUUCAUAUUAGAGAUGAGAUCGUACUUUUGCCAUGAGUAACUAAUCUAUAGUAAAAAAAAACAUUUAAUAAUUAUGAAAUCUAUCUCUGAAAAUGGGUUUCCUUUUUUUGUGGGACGCACUGUAUAGUUUCCAUAAUGACAAACUUACAAUAGUUGUUUACUCUUUUACUGAAGUGGAUCCCCUGUCAAUUUGUUAUUUGCUUGUCUCCAUCAUGAAGGAUUCUUAAGGUUGUUUUUGAGUUGUCAUUUCAGAUAUUAGUUUCACUUUUUUUUGUAUGAGAUUAUUUGCAGGAGUGUGAAAUACUCAGAGAGUUCAGCGUUGUAUUACAAUGUAUUACUUUUUAUGUUUAUUUGGCGAGAUUCAUGUAUACCUGAAAAGGUAAAGGAACUUUUGCAGAUUUUACCUUUUCGACUUGACACUUUUACUAGUGGUCACUCAAAGCCCUGUAUUUGAAUAAAUUCUCCAAUCAUUUCAAACCCCCAAAUGAUUUGGGUUUUUUCUGAAAAUUUAAUAUAUGUGCAAUAUUUCAUCACCUGCAAGUGUUCACAGAUUAUAACGGAAGCAACAGUCUUUCGGUUCCAUUGGUGAAAUAUUUUAAAUGUCAUAAACCUAUUGAAAGAGCUACAAAUGCAAGAAAUGCUGGUUAUUUGAUGAUUAUGACAAUAUACAUGAAUUGCAUUACAAGGACAGGGUUCCCAGCCCAUCAGGGAAAUCAGGGACAGUUAUUUUACUUUUUCCAGUCAGGGAAAAAUCAUGGAAUUUGAUUUUAAAAAUACCUCAAAUCAGGGAAAAAUCAGGGAAUUUUGAUCAGCCCAAAUAUCAAAAGCAUGGUAGUCAGUCUGUUAUAUUUUGCUGCAUAUCAAAAUUAUUAUCAUGACAGUUCAUAGUAACAAUUAUGCAAUGGGGCAGUUGGUUUGAAUGGUCAUCAAAUUUCUGGAAUCAUCAAACAUGCAUUCAUACUCAGAGAGUAAACAAGAUACGGGCAAAAUGAUUGCAAUUGAUAGGUCAAUAAUCACUUGGGCAAGAUUAUUUGAAGUUCUUGGAUCGAGAAGCAGAUCAGCAUUUGAGUGCGAAUUUGCAAGUGAUUGCAAGACUUCCGAUUGAUUUUAGGACCCAAAGUUGACUUGUUAUUGAUUGCCAGUUUCUUGCAACACCCCAUCAGUAAUGUAGACGAGAUGACGGGCAUUACUUGGCCCCGUCUUACAAAUAUUUGCAAUUGAUCCGAUCGAUCACAGCUAUGGACGGCCAGCAAAAUCUACAUCUAAAAUGUACCCGGUAUGUUUGUUCAAAAGAUUUUCUAGAUAUGAUGUAUAUGCAUAAAUUCAUCAUUCUCUUGAAAAUUCAGUGAUUUUUUUUCUGCAUAAUUCCUGUUUUUGUAUAAAUAUUGUGGUAUGGAUGAAUGUCCAUAGAGUCGAGAUUGAUUGGAUCAAUCGUAACUCUAUGUAAGAUGGGGACCUGAACUGACAAGGCCAGAUUAACUUAGUGCAAUGAUGUGGUCAGUAAUCCGACAAUGUUUUUUUUUUCAGAUAUUCCUCGUUAGAUUUAAUGAAAUGUUUUUGUCUGUGGUGAUUAGUUAUGUUUACUUGGGUUUUGCAGAUUAGCCAUGUGAUUAAGGUCCUCAAAACCACCAUCAUCAUCUUCAUCAUCACCACACCACUAUCGUGACCACCAUUACCAAAACCAUAAUCACUGUCAUCAUCAUUUAGUAUCAUCACCAUCAUAGUCACAUAUUCAUCCUCAUUACUGCCACCACCAUUUCAUCAUAUUGGCCAGAAAUUUAAAAGGGGUAUAUAUUAGGAUUUACCUUGCAAUAUACAUUUAUAUUAGUGGGAUAAUUUUUGUUUAUUCUGGUGGUCAGAGUUUAAGAAUCAUGGUUUUAACAUAUAUUGACAUUCCCAUUUAAUUCAAAGUGUUAUUUUGAGAUUGCGUCAGGCUGUUAUUGCAUUUCCGAUUUCCCUGUGAGAAAUGGCUAAAAUUCAGAAGUUUUGUAUCAUUGAAGAGCUCCCUUAUGCAUUUUGUAAAAAGUAUGAAUAACUGCACUUUAUUAAAGAAUUGGCUGAAUAUAUCAUAUAUUGUGUGUAUGUUUGUUUGAAAAUCAUGUUGAGGGUUUACAACCCUAACUCUGAGUGCCGUUGAGUUUGAUAUAUGAUCCUUAUAUUCUCAUAUAUGUUUUGAACAUGCCGAAGAUAACUCCUUAGUUUUUGUAAUGUCUAAAGAAAACGUAAUAUAUAUUAAAACAUAUAUAUUAUUUAGGAGACCUUGCCUCACAAAUUAUUGGGUACAGAGGUUUGUAAAAUGAAUGGUGAAUUCUAAUAAAGUCUGAAAAUAUAUCAUGAA